AUGCUUCGCUUAUUUGUUUCACUUUUGGUAAUUGUUUCUGGAACAUUUGCAAUUCAAUGUAAUACGGGUCUAAAAUUCAUCAAAGGAACAUCGGUUGGAACUGCAACAAUCAAUUGUGAAAAUUCUGGUGCAUAUUGUUAUAAUAUGACUGCAUCAGCUGCUUCAUUAAUUGAAGUUACCAAAGCGGGAUGCAGUAUGUGGAGAUGCAUGUUCGCUCAAAACAAAUGUAUUGGAACCACAUUCCAAAAUAUUCCAAUUUCAUUGUGUUGUUGUAACACUCCAUUGUGCAAUGCUGGUGGAGAAGGAGCUAUUCAAUCCCAAAAUUCUGGUGGAUGGAAUGCGGAGCCCGAGCAUCGGGUCACAAAUUUGAAUAAAGACGAAGUUCAAAGCAGAUUUGAUUCUGCGGAACUUGAUGAAGAUCAUCCACAUGGAAGUUCCUCGAGAGCUGCUCGUUCCGGCAAACCAGAUACCACUGAUCCAACAACUGUAGCAAUGGAAGAAUCGAAAAAUAUAACUGAAACAUCUGAAAUGUCUGAACCAGCAGAAACCGGAGAAGAAAUUGAUAUUCCAUUGAUUUAGUUCUUAUUUUUUCAAAUUAUAAAAUUGUUGUUUUUAUUAUAAAAUGAAUGACACCAAAUUUC